AUGGCUGAUAAAUUGUUCGCGAUCAGAAACUACUUCUUUCUGGGAAGCUAUCAGUCCUGUAUCGGCGAGGCAUUGAAAUUCCAAACAAAAAGCGAGGAGGAGAAGCAGGAGAAGGACGUCUACCUGUAUAGAGCCUAUAUCGCUCAGGGCCAGGCUUUUAUUCCGUUGAAAGAGAUCCCAGCGACGACGAAAUCGGCGGACUUGGCGGCGGUUCGCAAAUUCGCGGAAUUCCGGAACAAUCCGGCUGCCCAGAAGAAGAUUUUGGCGGAAAUCAAGGAAGAAGUGGCAUCGAAAAGUCUGAAGAGUGAAAUCGCCGGAGUCCUAGCUGCCGCGAUUCUGAAUGAGGCGGAUGUAAGGGAUUUGAGCUUGGAAAAACGGGAAAAUUCGAAAAAAUUCAAAUUUUCUAGCAGAAAAAUCGAGAAAAAUCGAAAAAAUAGUUUUCCUCAAAUUUUCGAAUUCGGGAAGCUUUUUAAAGAUAUUUUCACGUCGUCACAAACCGAAGACGCUUUCCGCGCGGUGUCCCGCUUCGACGGUCUCGAAGCUCGCGCCUCGAAGGUCUUCACUCUCAUCAAGAUGAAUAAGCGGAAGUUGGCGAUUCAAGAAGUCAAAAAGAUGAAUCAAAUCGAUGAGGACGCGACGCUGUCUCAAUUGGCGAAUGCCUUGGUCGCCUCGUUUGGAGCAUCUGGAAAAGUGAAAGAUGCUCUUUACAUCUACUCCGAAAUGGCCGACAAGUACGGUAGAACGACGGAUCUGGAGAUGCACCAGGCCAUUGUCAGCGUUUUGACUCAGGAUUACGCAGCUGCCGAGGAGCUUUUGGAGAGUUCGCUGGAGAGAGACAACAAGGACGCUGACGUGCUCAUCAAUUCGCUUGUCGCUGCUCAACUCAACGAGAAGGAUGAUGAGAUCACUGAACGCUACCUGUCCCAGCUGAAACAUGAGCAUCCGAGCCACCCAUGGGUCGUGGACUUCACCAGAAAAGAGGAUGAAUUCGACAGUAUCGCCUUCUAA